GGAAAUUUCAGCCAUCUUGCUUCAAUGUGAGUAAUGAGUGUGCUCUAAGUAUUAUUAUAAUAUUUUUAUUUCUUACGGAUGUGAGUUGUCUAGGUUAGUUGCAAACAAUAAUUCGUUAAUUAAUUUAAUUAAUAAUAUUAUAAAAGAUCUAUAAUAUUAGGUAGUUCAAAGUGAUUCGAAAUAAAUCUGUCUCACGUAGGUGGAUGUGGCUUGCCGUACUGCGAUCUCGUAAAACUGAUCGUUUUCGGAGUGUUUGGUGCAUUUGAAUGAUUGUUUAAUCGGUCUAAUUUUGUUCGCUGUGCGAUGUCCAGAUAGUAAGGUGUUUCUGAAUGCUAUGAUAUUCCUCACUCGACUCUUCUAAUUGCAUGUAGUUCCAGGUGCCGGCUCUGGAGGAAAACCAAACCACAAAGAGUGCAGCCAAUCAAAACGAGACAGUUUUAUUGAGGGCUUAGUAGUGAUUCAAAGAUGUCUGACGAAGAGAGUAAAGUGAGUGAGGAGGUGCCUGACGCCACUACGCUGCCCUCGCUUGAAAAGGCGCUCGAUGAACAUGGCGGAUCUGACAAUACUGUCGCCGCCCCCGGCGAAGAUGAAGUCCCCGCCCCCGAAGGCGACGCUGCCCCCCCAACCGACGAUCUCAACAGCAGCUUGCUCGAACUCAAGGAAGAGUUGAUGGACACUAAUCCUGCCCCCGAACAAGCCAAAGAGGAGGAGAGUGCGACUCCUCAAGUCGCCGAUGAGUCCAAAGUAGAGGGCGUGGAGGACGAGACCAAAGUAGAAGGGGUGGAGGCGAAAGACGAAGCCAUGGAUGUUGAGGGUUUGGUGCAGGAUGCAUGCGACGAAGCUGUUGACUCGAAAGAUGAGAAAAUGGAUGUGGAGAAGGUGGUGGAGGAGGAGGAGGAGAAGGAGCAGGAGCAGGGUAAGGUGGAUGAGGAAGCACCUCCUGUUGUAGAAUGUAAAGAUGAGGCAGUUGAAAAGGUUAAGGAAGAUUUGGUUGAGAAGGAAGAGCCAGCUUCUGAAGAGGUGAAGAACGAGGUGGAUACACCACUGAAAGAGGAGGAAGAGGAGGCGGCUGAGGAAGGUGCCAUUGUUGGUGAAGAAGCUGAAGCUGAAGCUGGCGCUGACGCUCCUGUUGAGGAGGCGGAAAGCGGCCAAGUGGGUCAGCAGAAGGAGGAGGAAGAGGAAGAGGAGGAUGUGCCAGUCGAGCAGCAGGCGAAUGAAGAUGUGUUGAGUAACCCUCCUGUUGAUAAGUUGAUUGCAGAUGGUAGUAGUGAGACACUGUCGGCUGGUUCUACUCAUGAAGAGGCCGAGAAAGAGAAAGAGCAGGAGGAAGUUGAUUUGCCGGUGAGUGAUAGUAAUGGAGUGGGGGUGGGGGCCGAUGAGGAGAAGAAAGUGGGUGAGGAGAGGAUGAGUGAGGAGGCGGACGCCCUGGCCACUCUGGCGUCGGCUGCGUUGAGUUGCGACCAGGCGACUACAAAUGGCACCAAGCAGCAGCGCGACGUUGGCAAGGAGGCGGCAGCGUCAUCAUCCUGGUGCGACGUCAGCAUCAUCAAGGGCACCAACGCCACGGUCACCAAGUUCUUCGAGGCCGGCUCUGUGGCCGACCCCGAGCACCUGGAGCUGACCCUUAACGACAUGCCCGACUACCUAAACUGCGUGAAGGUGAAUUUGGAGCCGGGAACUGCCUACAAGUUCCGAGUGGCCGCGAUCAACACGUGCGGGCGCGGGCCGUGGAGCGAGGUGUCCGCCUUCAAGACCUGUCUGCCUGGCUUCCCCGGAGCGCCGUCCGCUAUUAAAAUAUCGAAAUCAACCGACGGCGCGCACUUGUCGUGGGAGCCACCCCCAACAACCUCUGGAAAGAUCAUGGAGUACUCGGUGUGUCUGGCGGUGCGUAGCGCCACCACCCACUCCCAGGGCGACACCAAGACAGUUGCCAGCACCCCCACUCAGCUGGCAUUUGUCCGCGUCUACUGCGGUGCUCAGAACCAGGCUGUCGUACCCAAUUCGUCGCUGGCUGCGGCCCACAUUGACAUCACCACCAAGCCGGCCAUUAUCUUUCGCAUCGCCGCCAAGAACGACAAGGGCUACGGCCCCGCCACUCAGGUCAGGUGGCUGCAGGAUGUCAUCGCUUCGCCCAGUGCUGUCAAGCGGGGUGACCCCUCUUCCACUCCCCCCACCACUAAGAAAUACAAAACUGAUGACAACUGAACAUUCAUUCUUUAAUAUAUUCACUAUUACUAUUUCUAGCGUAGCUGAUUCAAGUUUGAAAUGUCUGAGACUCGGCGGAAUCAUAUUUGAAGUUUGUACGGUACCAUCUCCAGAAUAUAUGAUUACAAUUUGUCGGAAACUAGAUGGAAUUAUAAUUAUUGUAAGCUUCUAAGUUAAUAAAUACUUUAGUACGGACUAUAUUGACUAGUUGAUAGUUGACAUUUCUGAUAUCUGUCUGAAACUUGGUGGAAUACUAUUUCAAGUUUGUACCAUCUCUAGCAUAGCUGAUUCCAAUUUGUAUGAAUCUUGAUGGAAUUAUAUUAUUUUAAGCUUCAAACUGGAUAAAUACUUUUGUACGGACUAUAUUGACUAGUUGAUUAGUUGGCAUUUCUUUUUAGAACCUGGACCAGUAGAGAUUUGUUAUUAUAGAAUGUUAGUUGACAAGGACGAUAAUGAUUUGAUCGAAAAAUAUAUAGUUUCUUAAGUACAAUAGUCAGUUAAUGGUAAAAUUGUAGGUUUUUAGCGUUAUUAGUAGUAUUUUUGUAGCCUUCAUAAUGACUUAGACCAUACUAUGACAAGUUAAAAAUGCAGUAUAUUAUUUUCAUUAUAAUAUUUUACUAGAUUACGGUAAUACUAUUUGAUAGCGACAACAUCCAGCAAAAUGUGUGUUAUUUGUGAGUUUUCCCAAAUACAGUGACACAGAAUAACGGGAAAUUUUUGAAAACGCCAUAAAACAUUAGUGGGAAGGGCAAAAAUGAUUUUAUUCAAACUAAUGUAAAGUUCAAGACUUUCCAUUUGAGAAUUAUUAAUAAUAUCUAUCACUUUUUGACAAUUAUUACUUCCUUAAGAUGGCUUCCUCCUGAACGAAUACACUCUUGAAAUCUUUGUUGACGAUUCCUCAUUGAUCGCUGCAACAUCUGCGUUUCCUGGUCCCAUGAUCUGUCUACCUGCGAUUUUCUGUUUGUGGAGCUAUCUCAAAUCAAACGUUUUUACAACUUGACCAAUAACUGUGGUUGAAUCAUAACAGACAAUUCAAAAUGAAAUUAACAAUAUCCCAGCUGAAAUGUUGCAACAAUCGUUCAGGAAUCUCAACACAGGUUUCAAGAGUGUGUAUUCGUGCAGGAGGAAGCCAUCUUGAAGAAGUAAUUGUUAAAAAGUGAUAGAUGUUAUUAACAAUUCUCAAAUGGCAAGUCUUGAAUUUUACAUUAGUUUGCAUAAAAUCAUUUUUGCCCUCCUUACUAAUGUUUUAUGGCGUUUUUAAAAGUUCCCUUUAUUCUGUAUCACCAUUCUGUAUUUACAAAAUUAUUCAAACAAGAAAAUACUUGCUUUCAGACAUUUUUCUCAGAUUGUGUAAUAUUGCAAUGAUUUGUGAUUGUAGCCUAUUUCUCAAGAAAUUAGUCCAUCUAAUUUUCUAUUCUAUGCAGGUUUAAUAUGAAGUUUAUACUGUAGAUUUAUUGUCCUGAUAAAAGAUUACAUUUUUCAAUUAAU